AGUAUCAACUGAAAGUUCCCAAAAUUAGGCAAUUUAGCUCAUCGAAAAAUCCAAGCCACCUUCCGAUUCUGCAAAGUUGCCUCUCUCCAACUCCAACCAGAAAGUAGGAAUAGUAUUUAGUACGGAGUACUCACUACGCUCUCUUUCUCUCUCCUCUAAUCUGUUGCAUGACCUUCAAAAGCAACCAGACGGCGGUUAAAGCUUAAACCCCUAACCAAACUCAACCUCAACCUCAUUUUAGCCCAUAUAAAUAUUCAGGAAUUAAUUAAAAAUUUUAUGGAGUUAAUCCAAAUUAGCAAGCUACUGUUACAUUUCAGCAUUUGCCUAAAUUCUUUGACAGUUUUUUUUAACCAAUAAAACAAUCCUCGCCGGAAAAUGAUUCCGACUGAUCUAAGCGGCGGCGAUGAGGAGUCGAAGACGGUGGUUGUGGGGGUGAAGAUGGAUGCUCCGAGUAGAGAGCUACUUACUUGGUCUCUCGUUAAAGUUGCUCAGCCUGGUGAUGUUGUUCUUGCUCUUCAUGUUCUAGACCCCAAUGAAAUUUUUGAUCAAGAUGGAAAAUCUUCGCUUCUUUCACUGGUUAAGGCAUUUGAUUCUGUUCUUGGUGUAUAUGAAGGUUUUUGCAACUUGAAGCAGGUUGAUCUUAAGCUGAAGAUUUGCCGUGGUUCAUCAGUACGUAAAAUUAUAGUUCGUGAAGCGAAUUCAUGUGAUGCAAGUAAAGUUAUAGUUGGUACUGCAGCUAAACACCACACAAUUCGUUCAUCUGCUUCAGUGGCCAAGUAUUGUGCCAAGAAAUUACCGAAGGACUGUUCGGUUCUUGCUGUUCGUAAUGGGAAAGUUGUCUUCCAAAGAGAAGCUACUGCAUCUGCAGCAGGAAAAUGCAAAGACUCGAAAGGUGGGGCCAAUGAUCUGCAUGAUAGUAUCUUAGAAGGACUUCAACGAUCAUCAACUAUCAACUCAAUACUUAAUGAUGAUAAUGGAGAUAUUCCACCUAAAGUGGAAUAUAACCAAGGUACAAAUGGAGUUUUGGACCAAAAAAGGCUCAAAAUUGAUGAACUGCGUACAGAAACGGCAACAAAUAAUUGUUGUGUUUGUUCUCAUUCCAUUACUUCGAAUAUAUCUCUUCCUUCCACCAGCAUGACAGAAGAGCCUGUACUAGAGGACAAUUCUAAGGCUUUAGUACCAUUCCAGAAAUUGGAAGCCGCAUCAAGUUCAGUUUCAUUGCUGGUAAAAGAAUUGCCUGAGCUUAGACCGGGGUGGCCCCUCCUUAGACGUACAUUAUUAUCUGCAAGAGAAGGUUCUACAUCAUCUUCUUCGCGUGACAUCUCUGUUGUAAAAUGGGUAACACUAUUGCCCAGCAGACCUUAUCUGUCCAAUAAUGCCAUUUCAUCUUCAACCCGAAAAAAUUGUGAGGAACAAGAUACUGAUUCCUGUGAUCAUGGAGUACAGAAUAAUGCUAUGGAUGAAGCUUCUAGUAGUGCACCUAAAGAAUUGGAAGGUCUUUAUGAAAAGUAUUCCUCUAUGUGUAGGUUGUUCAAGUAUGAGGAACUUCAGUCAGCAACAUCAAACUUCAAGCCUGAAAAUUUGAUUGGGAAAGGAGGCAGUAGUUGGGUUUAUCGGGGUUCUCUAUCUGAAGGCAAGGAAUUAGCAGUGAAAAUCUUAAAGCCUUCUGAGGAUGUAUUACAGGAAUUUGUGAUGGAAAUCGAGAUAAUCACUUCUUUGCAUCACAAGAAUAUAAUCUCCCUCUUCGGGUUUUGUUUUGAGGAUAACAAUUUUCUAUUGGUCUAUGACCUCUUAUCCAGAGGAAGCCUUGAAGAGAAUCUUCAUGCAGGUAGCAAAAAACACCCUGUUGCAUUUGGUUGGAAUGAGAGAUUCAAGGUGGCAUUGGGUGUGGCUGAGGCGCUUUAUUAUCUUCACAAUAACAACACUCAACCAGUGAUUCACAGAGAUGUGAAAUCAUCAAAUAUAUUGUUGUCUGAGGAUUUCGAGCCACAGCUCUCGGAUUUUGGAUUUGCUAAAUGGGCAUCAACUUCUUCAAAUAUUACAUGUACAGACGUGGCUGGAACAUUUGGUUACAUGGCCCCUGAAUACUUCAUGUAUGGCAAAGUGACAGACAAAAUUGAUGUCUACGCAUUUGGGGUUGUGCUUCUUGAGCUUCUAUCAGGAAGAAAACCCAUAAGCAAUGAGCUACCAAAAGGUGAAGAGAGCCUAGUUAUGUGGGCUAAGCCAAUUCUAAAUGGAGGUAAAAUUUCCAAGUUGCUAGACCCUUGCAUGGGCAGUAACUAUAGCCGAGACCAGAUUGAACGGAUGGUUUUGGCUGCCACCCUUUGCAUCAGACGGACACCUCGCGCUCGGCCUCACAUGAGCCUCAUAUUAAAACUCCUGCAAGGAGACCCUGAUGCUAUGAAAUGGUCAAGGUUACAAGUCAAUGCUUCAGACAACAUUAACAGGUUAGACGAAGAUGGUUUCCCACGGAUCGAUCUCCAGUCACACCUUAGUCUAGCAUUGCUCGAUGUUGAAGACGAUUCUCUCUCCAUGAGCAGCAUGGAGCAACAUGUUUCACUGGAAGAGUACUUACGAGGCAGAUGGAGUCGCUCAUCAAGCUUUGACUGAGAACUCUGGGUUUUUACCUAACUAUACUUGAAAACACAAUUCUUUCUAUCCUUCUUCUUCCUUUAGGGAUUCAACCGUUAACUUCCUACCAGUUCUUGGCUUACGAUGCUGAUAUUAACUUGGUAAAUAGUAACGAAAGAGGUACCGGGUUUAGUUUCAUCUGUAGAAGUGCAAGAAAUGGUGCAUUCUUUGGUGGAUGUUUUUGUAUGUUUUUCUUCUGUUGGCAAAUGUAAGAUAGAGUAUAGAGCAAAUGAAAGCUGUGAAAGCGGAAACUGUAAGUUGUAAAUUAAAGGCCUGUUAAUGUUGUUAUAUUUGGCAGAAUCUUGUACAUAUUGUGUAAAAUUGUACACUACUGAAAUAAAGUAAAUGAAAUACUUUGGACUCCGUAUGUGAUUUGGUGUCAA